GAUGCCAACAUGGCUAUCGGAAAGAUCAUCUUUUAUGAGGACAGGAACUUUCAGGGCCGCCAUCAUGAGUGCAGCAGCGACUGUGCAGACCUGCACCCCUAUUUUACCCAAUGCAACUCUAUCAGAGUAGAGAGUGGGUGCUUCAUAGUGUAUGAGCACCCAAAUUAUAUGGGACAGCAGUACUUCCUGCGGAGGGGCGAGUAUUCUGACUGUCAGCGUAUGAUUGGGUUCAGUAACUGUAUUAAGUCAUGCCGUAUGAUCCCCAUGUAUAAUGGUAACUACAGAAUGAGGCUAUAUGAUCAGGCUGAUAUGGGAGGUCAGAUGAUUGAACUCACAGAAGACUGUCCUAACAUCAUGGACCGCUUCCAUACAUCUGACAUCCACUCCUGUCAUGUGAUGGACGGCCACUGGCUUCUAUACGAGCAGCCCAACUACAGGGGACAAAUGUAUUACCUUGGACCAGGUGAAUACAGGAAGUACAGCGACUGGGGAGGAACAACCCCAAGAAUUGGGUCCCUCAGGAGGAUAACCUCUUUCAACUAG